GGUUAUUUUCGUCAUUCCCCCUCAACCCGUUAUUGCUUUGCUUUGCUCUGCUCUACGGCGGCCUCAGAAGCCAAGAAAAGCUAUUCAUACUCCGCAUUUGGAUUACCCAUUUACCCUCAAAUCCACUUCGAAUUUACCAAACCCACCACCCCACUAUGCACUUCUUCUAUCUGAACCUACAGCCACUCUUCCAACUGUAGCCACCCACACCCAUUAACGCUAUAAUGUCCCUAAGCUUUUCACAAUCCCUCCAACCUUCUACGUUCCCCGCUCAGAAUUACAGCUUCUCCCAGUUAUGGUUUCCAGGCAGCUCUCUUCCGGACCGACCCAUAUCGAUAAUCUCAUGCGCAUCGAUACGACCCAGAAGAAAAGCGACCGUAAGAAACGAUAACUCGGAGGCUUUGGAGUUGGUGCGCAUACUUGUCAGGAGUUUUAGUGAUAAAGAGCCAUUGGUGAAGACGCUUAACAAGUAUGUGAGAAUUGUUAGAACAGAACACUGCUUUCUUCUUUUUGAAGAACUUGGGAAGAGCGAUAAGUGGCUUCAGUGCCUUGAGGUGUUCAGAUGGAUGCAGAAACAGCGGUGGUAUAUAGCUGAUAAUGGUGUGUAUUCAAAACUGAUAUCAGUAAUGGGAAGGAAAGGGCAAACCAGGAUGGCCAUGUGGCUCUUCUCCGAGAUGAGAAGCAGUGGCUGCCGACCUGAUACUUCUGUCUACAACUCUGUGAUAACAGCCCAUCUCCACUCCAGGGACAAAGCCAAGGCUUUGGCCAAAGCUAUUGGUUAUUUUGAGAAGAUGAAAGGAAUGGAACGGUGUCAACCCAACAUUGUGACAUACAACAUUCUUUUGAGAGCUUUUGCUCAAUCUCGAAAGGUGCAGCAAGUUAAUGCUUUGUUUAAGGAUCUUGAUGAGAGCAUUGUUUCACCUGAUAUUUACACAUACAAUGGUGUGAUGGAUGCAUAUGGGAAAAAUGGGAUGAUCAGAGAAAUGGAGUCUGUUCUAGCUAUGAUGAAAAGCAAUCAUACCAAACCUGAUAUCAUCACAUUUAACUUGCUUAUUGAUUCAUACGGGAAGAAGCAGGAAUUUGAGAAGAUGGAGCAGGUGUUUAAGAGCUUACUGCGCUCCAAGGAAAGUCCAACAUUGCCUACAUUCAAUUCAAUGAUCAUAAAUUAUGGAAAGGCACGCCAAUUGGAAAAGGCAGAAGAUGUAUAUGCAAAGAUGACUGAUAUGAAGUACACGCCGAGCUUCAUCACAUAUGAGAGUCUUAUAAUGAUGUAUGGGUUGUGUGACUGUGUUUCCAGGGCUCAGGAAAUCUUUGACAAGUUGUGUGAGUCUAAGAAGGAAAUGAAGCCUUCAACAUUGAAUGCGAUGCUUGAUGUUUAUUGCAUGAAUGGCUUGCCAACAGAAGCUCAUAAGCUUUUUGAGAAUGCAAAGAGUAAAGGUGUUGCCCCAAAUUCAUCUACAUAUAAACUUCUUUACAAAGCUUACACUAAAGCCAACAUGAAGGAGCUUGUGGAGAACCUGUUGAAGCAUAUGGAGAGAGAUGGCAUUGUUCCUAAUAAGAGGUUCUUCCUUGACGCACUAGGAGCAUUUUUCUCUUCAAAACCAAUAUCAGGGUCUACAAAUUCCACAACUGCGUCGUUGAGCAGCGGGCCAGAGAAUCAUGUAAAAGCUUAAGUUUGUCACGAGGAUGGAUUAGUAAAUCGGUUCAUUUAUUCUUUAAACAAUUAUUGCAUUACACCAUUGGAUUCAGAGGAAAUUCUGCAAUUUCAAGGGCAGUAGAGAGGUUUAAUACAUACAUACCGGUUAGUACUUAGUACCAUUAGAUAAUGUGGUAUAUAACUUAUGUGUAUAAACUUGUGUAUUUCUUGCUUGUCUUGUCACUGGCUUCCUUCUCUAUUUUUGCAGGGCCCUGCCCUUGUACUUGCUUCUAGCAAGUGUUAUUAUUAUGUGAAUAGUUUGAUCCACCUAAUUAUACAUAUAUUAUGCCAUAGAUUAUAUGAUGUUUAGCUUAC